AAGCGCCGCCGGGUAAGCGGCGGGGGCGUGUACUCGGCAUCUCUCCUCGUGUAGUUACCUGAGAAACGCGGAAAGUUGGGCCCCGGCUCCGCGGCAACGGCUGCCGAGGUGGUUUUAUUCCCCUACAAGAAAGCCGAGCUUGUCCGUGGACCUCGACCCUAAGGCCGAGUCGGUCUCUGGCGCGGCGCAAUGGAGGUAGUGGAGGCCGCCGCCGCUCAGCUGGAAACUCUGAAAUUCAAUGGCACCGGCCUUGGGGUUGGCGAAGAUCCAGCGGUGCCUCGUCCGGGCUCUGCGCCUGCGCCUGGGCCCCGGCCGCCGCUACAACUGUGUGAAGGGUCCCCGGACACCGGGCAGGUCGUGGAGGAUACCCCUGCCGGGGAGCAGCCGCUGCAGCCUGCUCUGAGCGCCACCGCGGGCGGCACCCCCAUGCCGCAGCAGCCGCAGACACAGCCGCCGCUCUGCGCGGACUGCGUCACCGGCCCGGGCGCCGCAGAGCCGGCGCUCACCCCGGACUCCUUGGAGACCUCGGACUCGGAUUCCGACUCAGACAGUGAAAUAGAUUCAGAUAGUUCAAGCUCAUCCUCUUCCUCAUCGUCUUCAUCAUCAUCUUCCUCAUCGUCUUCCUCUUGUGUAUCACUUCCUCCAGCACUGUCAGAUGGAGAAGAUGAUCUGCAAGUGGAGAAAGAAAAUAAGAGUCUUCCUCUUAAAACAAAAGAUGAGUUACUUCUUAAUGAGCUACCUUCUGUAGAAGAACUCACUAUUAUUCUGCCUGAAGAUAUUGAAUUAAAGCCUCUUGGGGUGGUUUCAAGCAUUAUUGAACAACUAGUAAUAAUUGAAUCAGUGACUAACCUACCUCCAGUUAAUGAGGAGACGGUAAUUUUUAAAAGUGAUCGACAAGCCGCAGGAAAGAUAUUUGAGAUAUUUGGACCUGUUGCACAUCCAUUUUAUGUGCUACGGUUUAAUUCUUCAGAUCAUAUUGAGACUAAAGGUAUUAAAAUAAAAGAGACUAUGUAUUUUGCUCCAUCAAUGAAAGACUUCACCCAAUAUAUAUUCACAGAAAAACUUAAACAGGAUAGGGGAUCGGAUGCAUCAUGGAAGAACGAUCAGGAACCACCACCAGAGGCUUUAGAUUUCAGUGAUGAUGAAAAAGAAAAAGAAGCCAAACAGAGGAAAAAGUCUCAGAUUCAAGGCCGGAAAAAACUCAAAUCUGAAUUUAAUGAGUCAAGUGAAGAUUUUGCUGAAGUACAUCAGAAUUGGAAUGCUCAUAGCUCUGCUUCAGAGCAUUCCAAAGGCUAUCGCAACAGAGAAUUCACACGAGGAUUUUCCAGGGGUAGUUACCCUCGGUCUUGCCAUGGUAGGCCUCCACCUCCACAGUUUUAUAACUCAGAACACACAGUAUCUCAGGAGACUUCAGGAUUUCCGCCUCAGAGACAAGAUAAUCCUGUUAUACCACAAUACCCCUUUCCUCCUCCAAUGUUUGACAUGCAUAAUUUUUCACUACCCCCACCCCCGCCGCCCCCACCCCCAUCUGUAAACAUGGGUUGGGGGGCAGCAACCAUGGCGCCUCAUCCAUUACUUAACUUACCAUACUCCCUGCUGCCACCCCCCGCCCCCUCCCCCACUGCCUCCUCCACCCUCUUCUGGAGACAGUAAUUCUUCUCAUUUUGGGCCAUACUAUUAGGUGAAUGUAUACAUUUCUAGAGAAAUGUGGACUUUCAUAUUAUAUGGUAAGGAUUUUUUUUUUUUAAAGAAAAGAAAGUGAUUAUAGAGCUAGAUUUUUAAAAGCACUGUAAAGUAUUAAAUGAUUCCUUCAGUUGUAAGUUGAUAUGUAUUUGUAGCCUUUGUGAAUCAACUUCUAGGGAGAAAAUUCAAUUAUGUAAUAUUUAAUUAAAACUUUGCCUCCAUGCCUUCCCCCACCCAGUUAAACAAUAUGUAUAAUAGUGGAUAUGGAACCAGUUUCAUCAUGAAUUAAAAUAUAUUGUACACAUUGAUUUUCUUGGUAUAAUCUGGAAAUAAGAUGUUGAAGUCCUGUUGAGAGUCUUUAAAAUAAAGUAUUUUUAUAAAUUUA